GUUUGUUGACCAUCGGGAUAAAACAUCGUCGAUGAACCAGCCUGUCCAGUCUCGUCGGAGCAGCCAACGAAGCAAUUGAAUCAGGCACAUCUCCAGACACUAUCUACAGUUGGCAAUAAUUCACGCCGCAAUUCCGAGUAGAAGCUUCACAGGGUCAAAAAUACACAAAACUACACCAUCACCAUGGCAUCCGGAAUCAAGCCGUACAAGAUCGAGGUUCCACAAUCAAAGAUUGAGGAGCUCCACGCCAAGCUCGAUCUCGCAAAGUUCCCACCAGAGUCUGCGCUCACCGAAAGCUGGGACUAUGGCGCCCCGGUCUCGGAAGUGAAGAGGUUGGCCGAGCGCUGGCGCAACGGCUUCGAUUGGCGCGCUGCAGAGGCCAAGCUGAAUGAGUUGCCGCAAUUCACGACAACCAUCUCAGUGGAUGGCUUCGGCGACCUCGAGAUCCACUUCAUUCACCAGAAGAGCAAGCAACCUGGAGCUGUGCCGCUGCUAUUCUCUCACGGCUGGCCUGGUAGCUUCCUUGAGGUCCUCAAGAUUCUCCCGCUGUUGACGACGGAGAAGAAUGGUCUUUCUUUCGAUGUUGUGGCACCGUCUCUUCCUAACUUUGGGUUCUCGGAGGGCCCGGACAAACCAGGCUUCCGCCUACCUCAGUACGCCGAAGUCAUGCACAAGGUGAUGCUAAAGCUCGGCUACGAGCAGUAUGUCACUCAAGGAGGCGAUUGGGGCUUUGGAAUCACCAGAUUCAUGGGCCUACUCUACCCAGACCACGUCCUUGCAUCUCACAUCAACAUGGUCUCUGCGAGCCCACCGUCCUUCUUCAAGAACCCGCUACAGUACAUUAAGAAUCUUUUCCCUUACUCUGAGAAGGAGAAGAAAGGCAUUGAGCGAAGCCAGUGGUUCCAGAGAGAGGGUCGCGGAUACAACCUUGAGCAGAGCACCAAGCCCGCGACCUUGGGCCUCGCGUGGGCCGACUCGCCCGUGGCGCUGCUAUCCUGGAUCCUUGAGAAGCUGCAUGACUGGACUGAUUCAUAUCCAUGGACCGACGACGAGCUUCUGACUUGGAUUUCCAUCUACCAGUUCUCUACGGCUGGACCCGAGGCCAGCGCGCGGAUUUACUACGAGGUUGCGCACCCUAAGCCGCACACGGAGCACAUUACAUGGGUUCCGCGGGUGAAGCUUGGGUUAUCCAUCUUCCCCAUGGACCUAAUCGUUCCGCCGAUGAGCCAUGCCAAGACGCUGGGUCCCGUUGUAUUUGCUGUCACGCAUGGUGAUGGUGGGCAUUUUGCUGCCCAUGAGAGGCCUGAGAUAUUGGUUAAGGAUUUGAGGGAAAUGUUCAGCAAGGGUGGUGGUGCGCACGAUGUUGCGGAGGUGCUGUCGAAACAAAGUCUUCGAUCAAAGUUGUAA